UUGAUUCUUUGCGCUAUCGGGCAUUGGGUCGUUUCAUCAUCUCACAGAAAGAAUCGUAACCUCCUCUUCCCACGCUUAAAUCACUUUCAAGGCGUUUUUCAGUUUUUUGUAGGCAUACAGGCUAAAUAACGCGCAGUCUCCGGUCAUUACGCGCUGUGAGUAUCUCCUUUGCAGCGCGCGCGGUUACCAUUACGCACGGGAGGACAAGAGCUGUUACAGAAGGUUUCUCAUGAAACCCUGUUGGAUCAUGUGUUAGACUUGAUUAUGAAUGAGAAGCCCCCGAACAGCACCAGUCUGUUUUUGAGUGAAGAUUCAGAGAAGUCCCAGCGUACCGACGAAGGCCUGCAGCGUCUUCGCAGGGUUAUACAGAAACAGAUGUCUGGAGGCAGGAGAAAGAUGAGCGGCUUCACACGAGAGAACAUCAAGACGUCCCUGCGACGGAACGCCUUCGUGCUCUUUACUGUCGCCGCUGUGGCUUUAGGUGUACUGCUGGGUUUUGCCCUGAGACCUCAUAACCUGAGCAUCAGAGAGGUGAAGUAUUUCUCUUUCCCUGGAGAACUGCUGAUGAGGAUGCUUCAGAUGCUCGUUCUGCCCCUCAUCGUCUCCAGUCUCGUCACAGGAAUCUCUUCUUUGGACAGCAAGGCCUCUGGGAAAAUGGGAAUCCGUGCCAUCAUUUACUAUAUGGUGACCACGUUCAUAGCCGUUUUCAUCGGUAUUAUCUUGGUCAUUAUAAUCAAGCCUGGUAAAGGGAGCAGGGACAGCCCGAUGACCUCUAGUGGCAGCAUCGAGCCUGUGCAGGCGGCUGACGCAUUUCUGGACCUGAUAAGAAACAUGUUUCCACCAAAUCUAGUUGAGGCCUGCUUCAAACAGUACAAAACAGUAUACAAGAAGACCAUGCUCACCAGAAACAUCACCAUCACGGUCAAUGCGACAGAAAGCAUCAACUCUACAGAUCUCCAGGCGUCUAACUUCAGCACAGUCCUGCAGAACAUCCAGGAAACGGUGGAGGAGGUGAUACCUCUCUCAGGUUCCUCUAAUGGUGUGAACGCCCUGGGGCUGGUGGUCUUCUCCAUGUGCUUUGGAUUAGUGAUCGGGAACAUGAAACAGCAGGGUCAGGCACUGCGGGACUUCUUCGACUGCCUAAAUGAGGCUAUAAUGCGCUUGGUGGCCAUCAUCAUUUGGUACGCUCCAGUGGGCAUCCUCUUCUUGAUCGCCGGGAAGAUAGUAGAGAUGAAGGACCUUGCACUGGUUGGAGGACAGUUGGGGAUGUACACGAUGUCCGUCAUUGUCGGGCUGCUGAUACACGGUCUGUUCGUUCUGCCCUUGCUCUUCUUCGUGGUGACCAGGAAGAACCCUUACACCUUCAUCGGCGGUCUUCUGCAGGCUCUGAUCACGGCUCUGGGCACAUCCUCCAGCUCUGCCACCCUGCCCAUCACUUUCCGUUGUCUUGAGGAAAACAACCAUGUGGACAAACGAGUGACACGAUUUGUGUUGCCGGUCGGAGCCACAAUUAACAUGGAUGGCACUGCUCUAUACGAGGCGGUGGCGGCCAUUUUCAUUGCCCAAGUCAAUGAUAUGGACCUGAAUUUUGGACAAAUCCUCACUAUCAGCAUCACGGCGACCGCCGCCAGCAUCGGAGCAGCAGGCAUCCCUCAGGCUGGGUUGGUUACCAUGGUGAUAGUAUUGACAUCGGUUGGACUGCCCACAGAGGACAUUACACUCAUCAUCGCAGUGGACUGGUUCCUGGACAGACUCAGGACCACCACUAAUGUAUUGGGAGAUUCGUUCGGCGCUGGUAUUGUUGAGCAUCUGUCACAACAGGAACUUCAGAACCAAGAUGUAGAAAUAAUCAACUCUGUGAUCGAGGAGAAUGAAAAACCUUACCAGCUGAUCUGUCAGGACAACGACUCUCUGAAACAUCGUAACAGUGAAACCACCAUGUAAAAACCUGAAACACUUCAAACCUUAAGCAGUAUUAUACACAAAUAAAAAUCACAGUGUGCUAAAUAAAUAUUGUAAAUAACACAGACAUAUCAAUAUCAUUAGUGUUACUAAACGAAACACCAAUCCGACUGUUUGAAUUAUGAUUUUAUGUAUCAGUGUUUUGAAUUAACUUUGAAGUAAAUUACGUCCGAAGCAAAGUAGCACCCAAUAAGGAAAAGUUCACCGAAAUAUGAAAUUUCUAGUGUAUUUUUGUAAACAACACUAUAAAAUUACAUAUCAUCUAUCUUGACAAGUGAUGAGUAACUUAUAAUAAAGCUGACUUAAUAAAGCAAAUUUAACUUAAUUUAAUAAGUUACAGCAAGUUAUCACUAGUCAGUACAGUUAAAAUGACUAAAAUGACUAGUUGAUUAAAUGUAAUAUUCGCACAAAGAACUGUACAAAUUAACACAGCAAGUUCAAAUAUGACUGCAAAUUGAUACGUUUGUGACGCUGAUUAAAACAUAACAAUAAGAUUAAAAUAUUCAUUGUUUUCUCUUAUACACUGUAAAAAGUUAAACCAACUUAAAAAAUGACUUUAAUUGGUAACCUAAAAAAAUUAAAUUUAUUCAAUUUAAAAUUUCACUUAAAGGCGGAGUGCACAAUUUUUGAAAAACACUUUGGAAAAGGGAGUCGGGCCGACUACCAAAACACACUUGUAGCCAAUCAGCAGUAAGGGGCGUGUCUACUAGACUGGGUUGCGUAUGUAUGGGGCGGGUCUAUCAAAAAAAGGUCCAGAUUCUAUCGGGGUAAUGGUGUGUUUGUUUAGGUGAUUUCAAAUGUCAACAUUGGCUUUCAGAGAUAAUUUAAGUGAAAAUUUCAGAGAUCAUUUAAAGGUGCAGUGUGUAAAUUUUAGCAGCAUCUAGUGGUGAGUUUGCAAAUUGCAACCAAAGGCUCAGUCCACUGCUCACCCAUCGCUUUUGAAGCGCAUAGAGAAGCUACGAUAGCCACCACCGGAAAAAUGUCACCAUCGGAGACAACUUAUUAAAAAAAGUUUGUCCAUUAGGGCUUCUGUAAAAACAUGGCAGAACAAAAUGGCGACUUCCACGUAAGGGGACUCUUAGUGUAUGUAGAUAAAAACGUCUCAUUCUAAGGUAAUAAAAACAUAACGGUUCAUUAUGAAAGGUCUUUAUACACUCCUAAAAAUAUAUUUUUGUAUAUUAUUUUGCAUUUCUUUCAAGAGAUCGUUUUAAAAAUUACACACUGCACCUGUAAGUGAAAAUUUCAAGUUGAAUAAACCUAAAUUUUUUAGGUUUCAUCUAUUGAAGUAACUUUUUAAGUUGAACCAAUUUUUACUUUUUACAGUGUAAACUUAUUGUAGACAUAUAUUAAUCCACUUGAGCCAUUUGAAUUACUUUAAUGAUGGAUGUUUGUGCUCUUAGCUCUUCGCCAUGUUGGCAUUUUAAUAUAAAAUGAUUCAUUUGUGUCAUAUAGUACCAUAUCAUAAGGAAUUUUAAUAUUUAGGUAAACAGUUCCUUUACACUAUGCUUUUAUUAUACUGUAGUUUUUAUACAGGGAUGCCGAUUCAAGACUGUUGUAAACAUUUAUAAAAAGCGUUUUUGAAUUAAACUGUAUUGUUAUUAAACCAGCAUACUUACAAUGUGUUUUAGAUGUUACCUCAUACAGUAUGCAUGAUGCUAAACACACCCAUGACAUCACAUGUAGAGGCAAAGGAGUUACUCUAAUGUUCAUAUGAUGUUAAAUAAUAUUGUUUAUAUAAUAUUUGUUUAUUUGAUCCAUUUAACUUUAUUAUAUUAUACAAUGCUGGACUUUUAAUAUAGGCCUAAUGUCAAUCAGUUUUAUUGAGCAUCCAUAUUUAUUUUUCGCUCUUCUUAUUAAAAUACUAACAGAAAAUACAGGAAAUAUGUUAGCAAAAUGUAACCCCCCACACAAUUUUCUGAACAAAAUGGCUUCUUCUGAAAUUUGUUCUGUCCUAUAGUUACCCAGCCCUGGGUUAAAAACAACCCAAUAUUUUUUAGAGCCUGCUAUUGCUCAAGUUUAGGAGGAGAUUACACUAAAUACUUCACACUUCUUAUCUUAUAAUUUUAUUCUUUUUUAAAUACUGCAUACAUACUAAUUAAUACUGAUACUACAUUAGUAUACUACAUAUAUAAUACUACACUCCUGUAUUUCUGGUUGUAUUCUAAUAAUAUAUAUGGUCACUAUACCAUUCCAAAAACAACAAAUCUAAUGGUGGCAUGAUUCUUCCCAUAAGAUUGCUUGUAUGUUACUUUAUUAUGAUAUUGGUUGUGAUAGCCAGAUGUUUAUCUGAAUGUUGCCAUUAGAGAUAGUAUUAUCAGGUAGAUGUUUAAGUGAUACAUUGUUAUGAAUAAUUUUGCUUUCUGCUUAAAUAUGUAAAUGAUUUGCCUAGUUUGCCUAGUUCUCAUAUCAUCCCAAUGUUGCUUUUAUUAGAUAAUAAACAAACAUACAGGGAGAAUCUUUCUAAUGCAAUCUGUUACACUGUAAAACCUAAAAGUUAACUCAACUCAAACCAUUUAAGUAAACCGGUUGCAUUAGUUUUAAAACACAUACAUUUGAGUACUGUGAACUUAAAUAUAAAUGCAUAACUGCAUAUGAUUCAAUUUGUUUAAGUUCACACUACUUAAAUAUAAGUGCAUAAUUGCACAUGACUCAAGUUCACAGUACUUAAAUGUAUGUGUUUUAAAACUUAAAUGGUCUAAUGCAACCGGUUUACUUAAAUGGUUUGAGUUAAGUUAACUGUUAGGUUAUAUGUGAAAAUGUAACUGUGUUGUUUUCAUAGUAUUGUAACAAUAAUUCAUUAUGAACAAGUUGUGGUUAUUUAUAUAUCACUGAUAGCUUAUAUGGCAGAAUUGUGCUAUUGUAAACUGUUGUUCCAAAUUGACAUUUUUUGAGUUGAUGUGGCUUGAAUAACUUGAUUUGUCAGUCUCGAAGGUGUCAAGAAAAUUAAAUGUCUCAGGAAUAACU